AUGUAUCUGCGGGCGCUUCAAGGGUACGAGAAGGCGUGGGGACCCGAUCAUACGUCAACACUCUCUACGGUUAACAACCUAGGGAACCUUUACAAAAACCAAGGCAAGCUGCAAGAGGCGGAGGACAUGUAUCUGCGGGCGCUUCAAGGGAACGAGAAGGCGUGGGGACCCGAUCAUACGUCAACAAUAGACACGGUUAACAACCUAGGGAACCUUUACAAAAACCAAGGCAAGCUGCAAGAGGCGGAGGACAUGUAUCUGCGGGCGCUUCAAGGGUACGAGAAGGCGUGGGGACCCGAUCAUACGUCAACACUCUCUACGGUUAACAACCUAGGGAACCUUUACAAAAACCAAGGCAAGCUGCAAGAGGCGGAGGACAUGUAUCUGCGGGCGCUUCAAGGGAACGAGAAGGCGUGGGGACCCGAUCAUACGUCAACAAUAGACACGGUUAACAACCUAGGGAACCUUUACGCCGACCAAGGCAAGCUGCAAGAGGCGGAGGACAUGUAUCUGCGGGCGCUUCAAGGGAACGAGAAGGCGUGGGGACCCGAUCAUACGUCAACACUAGACACGGUUAAUAACCUAGGUCUCCUUUACAAAAACCAAGGCAAGCUGCAAGAGGCGGAGGACAUGUAUCUGCGGGCGCUUCAAGGGAAGGAGAAGGCGUGGGGACCCGAUCAUACGUCAACACUCUCUACGGUUAACAACCUAGGGAACGUUUACGCCAACCAACGCAAGCUGCAAGAGGCGGAGGACAUGUAUCUGCGGGCGCUUCAAGGGUACGAGAAAGCUACAGGUCCACCGAAUGAUAUUAGAUAUCGGCGAGCAAUCAAUACUGCAUAG